AUGUCCUUGAUUCCACUACCCGAAACACUUGUGCCAUUCCUUAAACCUUACCUCCCGAUACCAAUCAAUGGACGACCAUUCGUCACCUUAACGUAUGCACAAUCGCUUGACUCGAGAAUUGCCGCUCAGCCUGGCGUCCAAACCAAAUUAUCGCAUUUGGAGACAAAGACAAUGACACACUAUCUUCGAUCCAAACACGAUGCAAUUCUUGUUGGUGUCGGCACGGUAUUGGCAGAUGAUCCUAAAUUGAAUUGCCGUUAUGGUAGUGGGAAUUUAAUUAGACCGGUAGUGGUUGAUCCUCAUGGUAAAUGGAAUUACAAUGAAUCAACUUUGAAAAAGAUUUGUGACGCUGGUGAUGGCUUACCUCCGUAUAUUCUUGUUGAUGAGCUGGUGGAAAAAGAUGGUACGAUAAAGUUGUCGUUACUAGGUGGAGACAAUUGGGGGACGAUUUUUGACAAAUUGUACGAAUUGGGAAUCAAAUCAGUCAUGGUUGAAGGUGGUGCCAGAGUGAUUAAUGACUUGCUCAGAGAAGAUAUUGUUGAUAGUGUUAUCAUAACUGUGGCUCCUGUAUAG